UGGUACCAGAGUUGUGAGCUGCCUUGACAAUGUAUUCCCUACAAAUCUGCCUCAUUACCAUUAUUCUAGCCACGGAAGUCCAGUGGUAAGACAAAAGCGCGGAUGACUGGCGAUAGCCCAGGAUGCAGUGGAUGACCUCGGAGUGUUCCUGACCCAGCUCUAAGCGGGCCAUAGCAUCCGAUUCAACUGCCUUCGUGGCCAUUGGAACAAAUUGGUCUCAUCCACCCAUUCCUCCAGGGGAAGUCCUCACAUGCUUGGAGUAGACAUCCCCUAACCCACCGAGGAGUUAGAGGCCUGUUGGUUACUGUUAACCCAGGUUAGCCCGUCCUACCAAGAUGGUUCACUGGGGUGCCGCCGCUGUGCGUGCCACAGCUUCUUGGAGCUACAGAUAUUCCAGGACACCUGACGUCUGCAUGGAGGACAGGACGAGGCCUUCAGAGCCAGAAAAAGGGGUGAUCCUGAUGGACAGAGAAAGCCCGGCCAUGGACAUGCUCAAAGACAUUGCUAUCAAAUGGUUUAUGGAGACACAGGCACCCCUCAUAUUACAAGAUGGCGCUUUACCUGAGUGGUUCCAUGGAUUCAUUACAAGAAAGCAAGCCGAAGAACUGCUGACCGACAGACCAGUGGGCUGCUUUCUCAUCAGGCUGAGCGACAAGGCGAUGGGUUACAUCCUUUCCUAUAGAUAAGACCCCCAGCAACGCUAGGAAAUAGCCCCUUGACUCUGGGGAACUCUGGCUUCCUGGGC